AUGGAUGCUUAUAUUUGGUAUGGUGAGAUGGAUGCUUAUACUUGGUAUGGUGAGAUGGAUGCUUAUAUUUGGUAUGGUGAGAUGGAUGCUUAUAUUUGGUAUGGGGAGAUGGAUGCUUAUAUUUGGUAUGGUGAGAUGGAUGCUUAUACUUGGUAUGGUGAGAUGGAUGCUUAUAUUUGGUAUGGUGAGAUGGAUGCUUAUAUUUGGUAUGGUGAGAUGGAUGCUUAUAUUUGGUAUGGUGAGAUGGAUGCUUAUACUUGGUAUGGUGAGAUGGAUGCUUAUAUUUGGUAUGGUGAGAUGGAUGCUUAUACUUGGUAUGGUGAGAUGGAUGCUUAUAUUUGGUAUGGUGAGAUGGAUGCUUAUAUUUGGUAUGGUGAGAUGGAUGCUUAUAUUUGGUAUGGUAAGAUGGAUGCUUAUAUUUGGUAUGGUGAGAUGGAUGCUUAUAUUUGGUAUGGUGAGAUGGAUGCUUAUAUUUGGUAUGGUGAGAUGGAUGCUUAUAUUUGGUAUGGUGAGAUGGAUGCUUAUAUUUGGUAUGGUGAGAUGGAUGCUUAUAUUUGGCUGGUUCUCCGACUUGUGGCAAAAAGUGUCACUAUCAUGCAAGGUACCAAAUAUCUGCUGAGUGAAUAUUUACUGUCUAGGAAGAUGAUAGCCUGUGAUUAA